AUGGGCGAACCAACGCGCUCCUUACAGAGUAACACGUUGCUUCCUGACGAGCCCACCGCGCAGACGUUGUUCAAUACCAUUCGCAGGAGCAUUCUGGACACAAACCACUCCAUCGACUUAGCCUUUCAAAACAUCGCCCCAACAUCAGGGUCCCCGAUGGUAGCUUCCCUCGCUGAAGACCCAGACAUAGAGCGCAGACUUCCUAGACUUUCUUACAAUUCUGUGACCCGGGUAUUAACUGCUCGAAUCAUGCCGACUCACAUCUAUGAUUGCCAUCAAGAAUGGCUUUGCUUUGAGCUUAGCCAAAUGCGCAUGGCUGGCUUCCUGUCCCUUGCAGAGGCAAGGUUGAUCAAGCUUCGUGUCGGCACAACUUUUGAACGUUUCUCUAGCCCAUACCUCUCGUCUGCUAAACAACCCGACUCGUGUUUUUUACCUGAUAUGUUACCCUUCCCCACCAUUGUCGUAGAAAGCGGCUGGACAGAGUCCUGCGCCCGGCUAAAUAACGACAAGGAUUUGUGGUUAAUAGGUGGGAGGCCUCACGUUCAGCUUGUAUUUCUCAUCAAAUGGGCAAAGCUAUCGGGGGGAAGAGUCAAGGGUGACAUAGAGAUUCAUGGAAGAGAUCAAUCGGGAAAUGCUAUGUUGCUACAAACUGAGCCUAUAUUUCCUAUACCGUCUGGUAACCCCAGACAAGUAAUUCAGAUUACCCGAGCCCAAAUAUUUGGUACCGCCAUACUUAACGGAAGAAACCCUGGCGAUACAUAUCUCCUCCAAGUUGAGGAACUACGUCAAAACGGGGAGGAUGCAAUAAGACAAAUGGGUUUUGUGCCGGCGUAG